UUCGACUGUAGACGUUUUUAGAGAUUAAAACAUUCAUGAGUUUUAAAAACGUGGUAUUUGAGUGAUUCGAUACAUGUGGUGGUGUAUUGUGUGAAACGGUCCAUAAGCGAUUUAACUCCCCCUCGAGUGCCUGGGCCUCGCGAGCCGCCCCGAAUCCAGCUCCGGUGGAGUGGAGUGUGGGGGAGAAGGAGGGAGGUUACCUGGGCUCGGGGGAGGCGCAGCUGAGAGUUAAUCGGCGGCGGAGUUUCCCUGACGCGUCCUCUUCCCAAGUUUCUUUGACAAUGUUUUUACAAAGUGGCUUCCGUACGCACGCGGGGGGCGGCGGUGGCGACGCGGGGUGGUUUGUAAUGGAACCUGGGCCUAGAGAGCACAGGCGCACCCUCCGCCCGCGCUUUCAAGGGGACGCGCCGCGCCGCGGAGAAGAUUUGUGGCCAGAUGGCGGUGAAGCGCGGAGACCCUUUGUGCGCCCCGAACGCGCCUGUGAAUGCCGCGCGGUCGCUGGCACCGGAAGGGUUCACACUGCGCCUGAAAGGGGACAAUGGAGACUGGAGAUAUCAACACCGCAGAAACCGAGUUCAUUUGUGAUGCAGGCCCUUUCACUGCGAUCCCCCUAGCCCAGUCGGAGGCGUUCCUAACGGACCUUUUGGAGAAAGUCUGUGAGCGAAUGAACGACUACAAGCUCGAGGAAGACCCUGUGACGAAGGAGAGAACGUUCAAGAGAUUUGCUCCUCGGAAAGGAGACAAAAUAUACCAAGAAUUUAAAAAAUUCCAUUUUUAUUCUGAUGCUUACAGACCUUUGAAAUUUGCGUGUGAAACUAUAAUGGAAGAGUACGAAGAUGAAAUAUUCUCGCUUAUCGCCCACGAGGCACACUAUCUGGCUGACAAGCUGUGCAGAGAAAAAUCAGAUCUGUGUGAAGCUUCUGCUAAUCACUCUGAGCUCUAGGAACGCGUGCUGCUAGUUGUAGAGAGGAGUAGUCACACCCCAAAGGUCAACGUCUGCAUUUUGUGUCUGCAUGUUGUCUUCCACGACAAGAAACUUUGUCUCGUGUCUACGCCGUGUUUGUCUCCGUUUAUGAUUUAUUUUGAAAAUCUCUUGUUUGACAUCAAGACAUACCCUGAGGGUUUUUUUUGUAGGCAAAGCUGAGGAGUACAUAAACUUAAAUUAACCUUUACAGAUUUUGAUAAAUCAAGCUUGACAAUAAAGCAUUUAAUUCUGUAUUGGGGAAAAUAGUGAAGACAUUUCAUAAACAAAAUGCGGAUUUCAUAAUGUAUACUGUUUAUUUCAUAACAGUGCAUGUGCACAUAUACAAGGGCAGUGCUCUCUCUGAUAAGAACUGGAUUUGAAUUCUCAAAUACUUGAUUGGCUGUAAGUUUAAGGAAAUACAUGGCAACAAAUUCAAAAUGUGGUCUUCUGGGUGAGAUAUGGCUGUUGGUGACAAACAAAUCUACUUUUUAUCAGGCAUGAAAUUUAAAUUUCUAGAAACCGCAAGUUUAAAAACUUCUCAUCUCUAAAGUUUGGUGAAAUGUGUAAAAACUAAUGAAUGCUUGAGUUUAUAGUGAACGAUAAUUACGUCGGCCUCUCAUAAGUACCACUCUGAGUUUAAAUGAUUUAGAAAGUUGAUGUGUGAUCGCAUCAUGUGUUAAAAGCUGUUGUGUUUUCUUUGCUCCAAACUCUCCUGGUUUGUUUGUUUUUCUUAUAAAGUUUUUUUUUUUUUUUGGCUUACAGUUAGUGUGUGGAGUUUACUACUAAAUAAUCUACCAUUCUUCUACAGGAAUGGAAAGAGAGGAGGGACCUGGUAGGAAAUUAUCUUUUGGCCACACUUAAUAUACAAAGUAUAGUAACAAUCACUCCUGGAAAUUUCGUGAUCUCUUUUCAAUUUGCAUUCAAUGGAAUGUGACUCUAAUGAUUAAAGAUGUCAGGGUAUAGCCUACACCAGUUUCUAAAAAGAGAUUCUCAUUGUCUUUGGGGAGAAUCAAGUGGGUAGGAUGCUACACAGUCUUCCCGGAAGACCUAAAACUGUUCGCCAUAUUGCUACUUCAUUGCCUAAAAAAGCACAUUAUGUAUUUAAACCAUUCUGCUGACUCCAGCAGGAAACCAUUCUUAAAUUUAGGAAAAUUUACCAAAACUAAGGGGAAGAGCUUUCAUGCCCCCUUCCCACCUCGACUCUUAUUAAAAGUAAGUUAAUAUCACUUAAUUAUUUGGGUGCUUUUUUUUAAAUGUCUGUAGCUGCUUAAGUGUGAUGGCUCCUAGAUAACGAACCCGCACUCUAGCUGACACACGACGGAAACUGAACUGAAUAAUAAUUACUAUUUUCCAAUAGGGUAGGGCAAUUGUUAUUUAAAACAUAGUCCCCAUAGCUUUAUUGAAAUGUAUCUAGUUAAGAUUAAUUUGGCAUUUAAAGUAGUAAAUCAUGAACAUUCUCCUAACGUGGGUUUUCUUGGGAAAUGCACUAAACAGGAAAAUUAGUCCUUAAAACCUAAGUGACCUUCAGGAGCAUGGUGGGAACUAUGGCAGGAAGUCGGCUUCUGUGAAAAAUCUUAACAGCUGUACUUGUAGAAGUGUCGCCAAGUCUGUCUUCAUACCCUUUUUGAUCAUCAUUAAAAAUUCUCAAAUGUAAACAAUACUAACACUGAUUGUAGAAAUUAAGAAAAUGUGCGCUCCUGUGUGGACUUGGGGAGGUACACCUUCUCUCUGAGGGGUGCCUUUCAUUGGCUCCUGUGUGUGCCUGAAUGGACUUGGGGAGGUACACCUUCUCUGAGGGGUGCCUUUCAUUGACGGUCAUGCUGUACUUUGACUGGAGACGACCAGGCACCUUGGCUUACAGCAAAUAUCUCAAGUUUUGCUAAAUUGGGCUUUUCAGUUUUUUUCUUGGAUUUCCCUUUAAAAAUAGUCUUGUAUCUUGCCAAUUUUCUAAUAUCUCAUGAUGUGUAUUUUUUUGUUUCCAGAAUUUUUUCCAGAUGGAACUUGAUAAACUUAUGUAAAUAUUUGUAGCUUACUAAGUUACCAAUUAAACCUGUAUUUGGUGAUAA